GGCAUGUUUUUUUUUUUUUCGGGGUAAAGCUUGAGCUCAUUUCCUGUCUGCUUCUGUGUAGGCAUCAACGCGCGCGAGGAAAAAGAAAGAGAAUAAACUUGUUUUUACGGACGAAGCUUGCCCCACACGCUAACCAGAAGGAGGAGGAAGAACCAUGGGGCAGAUUGAGUGGGCUAUGUGGGCUAAUGAACAAGCCAUCAUUAGCGCAUGGGUGAUGCUGACUGGGGGAAUCAUCGGUCUGACUGGCUUCAACAGAUGGGAGAUUGCUGCAUAUUCAGUAGCGGCAGGCAUCUUUAUCAUCCUUUUGGAAUACCCCAGGGGGAAGAGGAAGAAGGGUCAUACCAUUGAGAGACGGUACCAGCAGUACUUGACACGUGUGAUCCAUGCAUGUGGCACCAUCACCAGUAACUACUACAUCAGAUUUGUCCUCCACCUUCUAUUGUGUGUGCCUGCAGGCUUCCAACUACCGACCAUCCUGGGUGCCCUAGGUCUCUUCAUCGCUAGCAUUAUCUACUUUGUGGCUGCGUUCCACGGGGAAAAGUGGCAGCCCAUCGGCAUCGACACCAAGGGCGCAACCAGUUCUUCCAACCAGACCGUCAUCACACAGCCGCCAUCACAGCCGCCCCCGAGAGCGCCGGCCCACGUCAGGCCCAAACGCGGGGCACAGCCCGUAGAAGGCGAUCCAACCAUCCUCUAGCCUUACAGUACAUGUGUGGUCCGUGACUAGGAUAGGCAGUAGUAGCCUUCUUCGCAGUCUUGUUGUGUUGAGCGUAGGCGUUAUUUUUGUGAGCGAC